UUUCAUAUUCUAAAACUUCCAACCUCAAGCCGCUCUCCCAUCUCUUCUUCCCACACUCCGAUCACCACCGGCUACUACCACCACAACAACCAAUGGCCGACGCUUCCGGCGACGCGAAAGACAUCGAAAAGCUCUACGAGUACGGCGAACGCCUCAACGAAGCCAAAGACAAAUCUCAGAACGAGGAUGAUUACAAGAAUAUUAUUGCAUCGGCUACCAGUACGAACAUAAAAGCUAGACAGUUAGCUGCGCAGCUGAUUCCUAGGUUUUUCAAGUUUUUUCCGGGAUUAUCGGGGACUGCUGUUGAUGCUCAUAUUGAUUUGUGUGAAGCUGAAGAGCUUGGGAUACGGGUGCAAGCAAUUCGUGGACUUCCUCUUUUCUGCAAGGAUACACCGGAACAUAUUCCUAAGAUUGUUGACAUUCUUGCUCAACUUCUCAUAGCUGAAGAAAAUGUGGAACGUGAUGCAGUGCAUAAAGCACUUCUGUCAUUGUUGAGACAGGAUGUUAAAGCCUCCUUGACAGCUUUAUUCAAGCACAUUGAAAGUGUCGAUGAACCAAUUGCAGAUGAUAAACCAAUUGCAGAUGAUAAUCGUGAGAGGACCCUGAUCUUUAUCAGGGACAAGGUGUUUCCUAUAAAGUCUGAGCUUUUGAAGCCUCAAGAACAAAUGGAAAGGCAUAUCACCGAUUUAAUAAAAAAAAGCUUGCAAGAUGUUACUGGAGCAGAGUUCAAAAUGUUUAUGGAUUUCUUAAAAAGUUUGAACAUAUUCGGAGAUAAAGCUCCUACUGAGCGUGUUCAGGAGCUUAUUGAAAUUAUCGAAAGCCAAGCAGAUCUAGAUGCACCAUUUGAUGUUUCAGAUGGGGACCAUAUCGAUAGAUUGAUAUCGUGCCUCUACAUGGCUCUUCCGUUUUUCUUAAGGGGUGCUUCAAGUAGCAAGUUCAUUAACUAUCUAAACAAGAACAUCAUUCCAAUAUUUGAUAAGCUUCCUGAAGAACGGAAAGUUGACCUGCUUAAAAACCUUGCUGAAUGUUCUCCUUACGCAACACCACAGGAUUCGCGCAAUAUUCUUCCUUCUGUUGUUCAACUGCUGAAGAAGUACAUGCCUGCAAGGAAAACCGGAGAAGAGAUGAACUUCACAUACGUCGAAUGCUUACUCUACACAUUUCAUCAUUUAGCUCACAAGGCUCCAAAUGCCACAAAUAGCUUAUGUGGUUAUAAGAUAGUGACGGGCCAGCCGUCAGACAGGCUCGGUGAGGACUUUUCAGAAUUCUACAAAGAUUUCACCGAAAGGUUGAAGUGUGUUGAAGAACUAGCUAAAGCUACCAUGAAGAAAUUAACUCAGGGAAUGGCUCAGCAGAAUAAAACAAUGGCGACUGCAAUUUCUGAUGAGGAAAAGGCUACUAUUAAAACUCAAAAGCAGAAUGCCACGACAGGUUUGAGAACAUGCAAUAACAUUUUGGCAAUGACACAGCCGCUGCAUUCCAAGUCACCUUCAUUUAUUGGAGAUAAAAAAAUUAAUUUAUCCUGGAAAGAAGCUGUCAAGACUGUAGCCCCAUCAACUAAUGCCACCGGAGUGAAACGGGCAGGUAGCACGACAAAUGGUUCAGGCAACUAUGCGAACAAACGAGGGCGUGGUGGAGGCGGCAAUCAGCUAGUGCACAGGGCUUUUGAGGGUAUUUCACAUGGCGGCAGAGGUGGCGGUGGCGGCCAAGGUAGGGGGUGGGGAAGACGUGGGCGUGGGAGAGGAAGGGGGUAUCGUUAACCUUUUUGUUUCUUCGCGAAACCAUUUGGUCGCUAAAUGGACAUUUAACCAUCUCAUCUGGUAUGGUAGUUUCACAGGCUUUCUUGAGUAUAGCUGUACCCAAACAAGCUCGGUUUAGCCCAGGAAACAAAUGAGAAAUAGACGUUUUAAACAUUGGUAGUCUUCAUACCUGUGUUUUGUAAUUUAGUUUCGGAUUGGUUAUUUCAUUGUGAUAGUGUGAGUUUUAGAGAUAUGUUAUUUGAUGACAUACCAAGUGUAGCAGGAUUUUAUUUAGUUCAUUGUAUUCUGUUUGAUUUAUCAUUUAUGUGACUUAA